AUGAUGCUAAGCUUUCUUAAGGUCUUUAUAUUUCUGCUUCUUCUUCCUGUAGUUUUAAGUAAACCAGUGGUGAAUAAUGUUCUCUCCUAUGGUGCAAUCGGCGAUGGCCUCAACGACGAUACUAGUAGUUUGUUGAAAGCAUGGGAGGCCACAUGCAAAUUAUCUGCUUCCUCAGCAACCAUGUACUUUCCUCCAAAUCGCGUGUUUCUGACUCAACCUCUGCUUCUUAAAGGCCCAUGCAAGGCAGAAUUCGUGAGAGUGGAGAUCAAUGGCACAAUCACCGCGCCUAGUGAGCCUAAAAAUUGGAAGUGUGGUUCUGAUAAUUGUGAUACUUGGUUACACUUCUCUCAUAUUGAUGGAAUUGAGGUCUCUGGCUCUGGAACAAUCUCUGGACGCGGGCAAAAAUGGUGGGACAUGAAGCGCGGUAAAGACAAGCCUGCUGCGUUGAGGGUUACUAAUUCUAGGAAUGUUAGGCUUAGUGGAUUGAGAUUUAAAGAUAAUCCAAAGAUGCACAUUGUGCUUAAUGGGGUGCAAACUGCAUACCUUUCGUAUUUAAAGAUAGAGGCCCCGGGUCAUAGUCCUAACACGGAUGGUAUUCAUAUAGGCGAUUCCACGGAUGUCCACAUUCAGCAUUGUAACAUAGGGACCGGAGACGAUUGCAUAUCUAUUGGAGGCGGUUCUAAGAAGCUGAGAAUCAAUGACAUUAUAUGCGGUCCUGGUCAUGGGAUUAGUAUAGGGAGUUUAGGAAAGCAUGGCGAUUAUGAUGAAGUCGAUGAUGUUGAAGUUAUAGGGGCUGUGUUCACUGGCACGACGAAUGGUGCUAGAAUUAAGACAUGGCAGGGGGGGAAAGGGUAUGCCAGGAACAUAAGGUUUGAGCAUAUACUCUGUCAGAAUUGUGAUAAUCCUAUAAUUAUUGAUCAGUUUUAUUGUGAUCAUGAAAAGUGCGAAGAUCAUGAUUCGGCUGUGAAGGUGAGUAAUGUGAAAUUUGUAAAUGUAAUGGGGACUUCGAAGAGAGAGACGGCUGUGAAGAUAGAAUGCAGCAAGACAGUGCCCUGCGAAGACAUAGUGUUGGAUACCAUACACUUAAGAUCGAGUCAAGAAAAGAAGAAAGCCACAUCUUAUUCGAGCAAUGCAAGAGGGGAAGUAAUAGGGGAAGUAGUUCCUAAAGUUUUCUUCAACUGA